CGCAGCAACACGGGCUCUGUGUCAACGUCAAACCAAGUUGACGUUGGUUACAAAAUAACUUUAUUUCUCGCCUUAACGUUUCUUUUUUAUUAGUAGCUAUCUACGCGAAAAAGACGCGUAGGCUCUAUUUCAAUGACAUCUGAACAUAUCUCGUAAAGUUAAGGUUGUAGACGUUUCCAUAACAGCAAUGUUUAACUGUGCCCUUCCAGAGGCAAGAGAGCCAAUUUACAAGACAGAGUCCCAAACAGUCCCACCCGGACAGACAUAGUCAGUAGCCUAUUGUUCUUUCUAGGUGUUCUUUGUUUGGGGAUAUAAUUGGGAAAAGGCUACUUUUAUCUUUUGGAUAUCUUUCUCAGGCAAAAUUGUAGACAGGAAUGGGCCGGAGGAACAAGGCAAGGGCAACAAGACCAGAAAUAGGCGACAAACGGGUAACACCUGAACCUCAUCCAAUGGUUGUGGGAGCAGUGAAAUGUGUACAACCCAGGAAGACUGCCUUAAAGUUAACUAAGGUUUGUGAAGUAACCACAAACAACAUCAAUGCCAGAAGUCCUGUCUCCAAUACAUAUGAGAGAUUAGACAAUAGAGUGGUGAAAAUCUGUGUCAAUCUAUGGCCUGUCCUGGCUUCAGCCAAAGAGCCUGUAGAGGAAAGCAGUGGUUCUCUGGAUGAAGAGGAACCUGGGACAAGCACAGAUACAAGGACCUUCAACACAUCAAAGUCUGGUGAGCAGCGUCCGAGAGACCAAGAAUGGAGACCCCACGUUAGACAAGAAUUGGACAGGGCUAAAGCAAGCCGUCUAGUGAAGCCUAUGUUACUACCACCCAUAAGUAAACCAUCCCCUACUACACGACUAGCACAUUCAGAGUGCAUGGGAAUGCCAGUGUCACACACGUCUCUUCCACAGAUAUAUGUAUCAGACCAAGAUGCCUUGGUGAAAUCCUCCAAGGGGACAAAACCCAGUGAGAAUGAGGCACCAUUUCCCAUGAUCCUAUUGCAGAAGACCAGCACUUUGAUGGACACCACCAUUAUCUCCCGAUGUAGGUCUGCCCAGUUUCGCCUCCCUGAGAUCUCAGUGUCCAGUAUAGAAGGCCUGCUUCAGAGAGUGGCAGAGCGAGUGGGAAGGAGAGAGAGAGAUGAUGAGACAUGGGGACUGACCUAUCCUGAUCAUCUUCUCAUGGCUGGCGCGCUGCGAAACCUGAGAGAGAAGAGGCUCCAGCAUCAGGGAGACUCUAGCACAGAGGGAACGGUAAGAUGUUCAGAGGUCAAGCCAAUCGGUGGGAAGAAAGGGACCACUCUAAUAACAGAGAAUGAAAUGCAGAACCCUGCCUCCCUCUGCAAUAGAACCAAACUGCCCGUCAUCCUUAGUAUGACCAAAGGAAGCCUUUGAACAUGGAUGAAUCACCAUCUCAACAAUAGAUGAAAAUUGUACAUGCUAAUAAAGUUGUUAUACAUUA